AUGUGGAAGCUUUUGGGUGGUGGGUCACAUGACUUGGCGAAGAAAGAAAGUGUUUCGGAGCUGAGUGCGUUGGUGCCUAUUCCGAUUCGUGCAGAUUUGGGGAAGUACUUGGGGUUGCCGGCUGAGGUGGGGAAGUCUAAGACAGCCCUUUUUAGUUAUAUUAAGGAUAGGGUUCUUCAGAAAUUAGCCAGGUGGAAAAAGAAAAUUCUUAACCAGGUUGGGAAAGAAGUGUUGCUUAAGUCUGUAGCUUUGGCCCUUAUGGUAUAUGCUAUGUCCUGUUUCAAGUUACCGGUAGGUUUGUGUCACCAAAUUGAAGCGGCUAUGGCUAUAUUUUGGUGGGGUCAGAAAAGUGAUGAACGAAAGAUCCACUGGAUGAGGUGGAGUCGGCUGUGCAAUCCUAAAUUCAAGGGAGGGUUGGGGUUCCAAGAUCUUACGUCUUAUAAUUUGGCUCUUUUAGCUAAGCAAGGAUGGAGGAUUAUGAUGUCACUAGAAUGUUUAUUGGCCCAGGUUCUGAAGAGCAGAUAUUUCAAAGACAAAUCGUUUAUGGAAGCAGAGCUGGGUUCUAAUCCAUCUUGGGUAUGGUGA